UUUUUCCUUGCAGUGCCCUGCCGUGGAGUGAUGUAGCAGGACGCAGAGGGACUCAGAGGGAAGCACAGCAGACGUUUGGUUGGUUGUUAUUUUAAUAAAGUCGUUCAAAUCUGUACCACUACCUUCUGAAAGCACAAUGGAUUUACCUGCUAACCGAAUUUAACGUCAACAUCGUCGGAGCCGUCCGUCUGAUAGACGGACAUCUUGAUUCUUUCCUCUCAGGAAUAUUUCCCUGGUUUCGGUGACAGCGGUGUAAGAAGCGGGACUCGGCACGGCUCAGCAUGGCGUGGCCCUGUAUCAGCAGGGCGUGCUGCAUGGCCCGCUUCUGGAACCAGCUGGACAAGGCUGACAUUGCGGUGCCUUUGGUGUUCACCAAGUACACGGACGUCUCGGAGAUGCAGCACAUCCAGUUGCAGCCGCCGCUCCACCCUCCCCAGGCCCGGGUCGCCAUAGAAACGCAGCCGUCUCGCGCGGAAAGCCGCACCGCUCCAGCGGUACGCGCGCCGCGGAGGUGCGUCUCCGAGGAGCGCGUGUGCAGCUCGGUGAUGCGGGAGGACUUUAAGCACUGGAAAGUGCGGCCCGAACCGAGCUGUAAACCCAAGAACGAGUACCACGGACCCGAAACACCGUUCAACAGCGAGACCCAGUACCAGAAGGACUUCAAGCCGUGGCCCAUCCCGAAAAGGUACGACCACCCCUGGAUACCCAAACCCCCUACGGCCGGAGAUGACCGGGCUCGGGACAGGUCUAGGCACGCCAAGCAGAAGCUGGCGGAGGCGGAGAGCGGCGUGGAGAAGAGCGCUAUCGCCGACAAGGUGCAGGAGAAAGACCUGCUGCAGGGCCCCGAGAGGAAAAAGCGCUCCAGUAAGCACGACGGGGAGAAGAAGGUGGUGCUGAAGGUGGAGGGAGAGGGUCGGGGGAGGGCGGCGGCGGACGCGGUCAACAGACAGAUCAAAGAGGAGAUCACAGGCGGCAGCUCGUACAAAACAGAGUUCAAGGCCUACAGAGAUGUGAAGCCGGUAAAAAUGAUCCGAGCCCGGUCCCAGUACCUGCCCCCAGAUGAAAAGACGAGCCUAGAGACCAGCUACAGUGCCACCUUCAAGGCACAAGCCCCGCUGAGGCCCGCUGACAACAAGGCCCUGGAGAGGAGGAGGAUACGCAGUUUGUACAGCGAGCCUUACAUAGACCCCAGCAAACAGGUUGACAGGUAUAGUGUCCCUCGCUCUAAACCCAAAAAGUCUGGAGCCACAGCGGCAGGCCAGGGCAAGCCAGUGAAGAAAGCCAAAGAUAAGCAGAGCGCCACGCUGAGGGGCUCCAAGAAGACGACCUCGGAGAACCAGCCUGAGAACCGGUCGGCGGUGGGGGACAAGGAGAAAAGUAAAGAGAUGAACAACAAACUGGCUGAGGCAAAAGAGGUUGUGCUAAAACAGUACCACUACAUACAACUCUGCCAGCCAAUCCGAGAUAUUGGCUGGGUGCAGACUCUAAAGCAACACCUGUGGGGCUGUGCACUACCCAAUCCCAGAGAUGCUAAGGACGAGGUUCUCCGACCCAGUCAUCAUCAUUCCCAGGGUGCUGCUGGAGGAGAACCACAACCACUACUGGAGGGAGCCGGGCCUCGGAGGAGCGGCGGGGUCGUACGCUUUGCCCUAGACGUGAACCAGACUGAGUAGCUCUGCCUGUGAGGACGGAGGCAGACACACCUUUAUGGAGAGACUGCUGCUCCGUACUGUAAAUAUCUAGUGUUAAAAAAAAGAGGUGAAUCCCUAAAUUUAAAAAAAUAAAUAAAUGGAAUAAAACUUUCUGUUAUCCACAUAUUUGAAACACGCAUGUUUGAAACGGCUUCUGCCUCAAAGGUCUCAGCUGUUUGACCCAUGGCAUUAUUGCAAAGGUGCUACAUCAUUUUCUGGUUUCAUGCAAUUUAUUUGAAAGGAAUAUAUCAGUAUUAUUAGUAUCAAUACCACACCAUGAAGUGCUUAUCAAUCACAAUAAACUGUACUGUACAUUGAUCGGUUUUAGUGUAAAUAAAUAAUCAUAACUUGCAGAUUGA